AUGAGGAUGAAGUACAUCCUGCGAGUACACGGUGCAUGGAGCGCCGUUGAUCCAGAGAGCACGGCCAAGGAGGCCGACGGGAGCAAGGAGGAGAUGGCCAUGACCAUCAUCUCCCAAGGCAUCGACGACGAGACGCUGCUGCGAGUUGCGGAGAAGGAGACCACAGCGGAGGUGUGGGCGGCGCUGCGCUCCAUGCAUGUCGGCGUCGAGCGCGUCCGGGAGGCGAGGAUCCAGUCCUUGCGCUCGGAGUUUGAUGGCCUCAAGAUGUUUUAUGCAGAGUCCGUAGAUGAUUUUGCGGCGAGGUUCACGACGCUCGUGGGGCGCAUCCGCGAGCUUGGAGACCCGAUGGAGGAGAAGUACGUCGUGAAUAAGCUGCUGCGAGUCGUCUCCAAGAAGUACAUCAACGUCGCUUCAUCCAUUGGGCUGUUAUGCGAUGUGAACAAGAUGUCCAUGGAGGAGGCCUUUGGAUCAUUGAAGGCACAUGAGGAACUCCUCAAGGGACAGGAGGAGGAAGGUGAAGAGGAGAAACUCCUAAUGACGAGGGGGCAUGGUGUGUUGGGAGGACGCGGCCGCGGUCGUGGCUGUGCUGGAGGCCGCCGGGACAAGAGCGAGGUAGAGUGCUGUCCUUCCGUCCAGCCCCAUUAG